GUCCUUGUUUGAAGGAUAGGAUCGACACGUCAGUCAGUGAUUUGAGUUUUUCGAUCUUCCAUUUGAGAAAUUAGGCCUAAUGUGAUCUCGUAGAUUUGAAUUUCAUCAGCUUAGGCUUUGAUUUCUGAUAAGAGAUAUUGAGACUCUACCUAGUUUUCUAUUUUGCUUGAGAAUCUCAAAACGUAUAUAGCAACAGUGGAUAGGUUAAUAUGUGAGAUGAAAUUUUAGAGAAAGAGUCAUCGAGACGAGAGUAUUGAGGAGAUUUUUAAGCCGAAGUUUCUCAACAAUCCUUGAGCCAAAUUUGUCGAAUACUCCUUGUGUUGAUUGCUUUGACUGUUUCACUAUGUUCAGUUCAUGGAUCAUUCCAAUGGUUUGUGCUUUAUCUUCCUCUAUUGCUUUUAUGGACACAUUUCGUGAAUGUUACCAGGUGUAGGUAAGAGUUGCCUCCUCUUGCGUUUCUCAGAUGGCUCCUUUACCACCAGUUUCAUCACAACUAUUGGAAUUGAUUUCAAGAUACGGACUAUUGAGCUGGAUGGGAAGAGAAUUAAGCUGCAAAUCUGGGAUACUGCUGGACAGGAGCGGUUCCGGACUAUCACCACUGCAUACUACCGUGGAGCCAUGGGCAUUUUGCUCGUGUAUGAUGUCACCGAUGAAUCAUCUUUCAACAAUAUCAGGAACUGGAUCCGUAACAUUGAGCAGCACGCCUCUGACAAUGUCAACAAGAUUCUAGUGGGGAACAAGGCUGAUAUGGAUGAAAGCAAACGAGCUGUGCCAACAUCUAAAGGCCAAGCUCUUGCAGAUGAAUACGGAAUCAAGUUUUUCGAGACCAGUGCCAAGACUAACUUAAACGUUGAGGAAGUUUUCUUUUCAAUUGGUAAAGACAUCAAGCAAAGACUUGCAGAUACCGAUGCCAGAGCUGAGCCACAUACAAUCACAAUCAACCAAUCAGACCAAGGUGCAGCAGGGACAUCUCAAGCUACUCAGAAAUCAGCAUGUUGUGGUUAGUAAAAAACGCGUCCACGGCGCCAGUAAAGGAGAGGAUCUAUGUGCUAUGGUGUUUUCUACAUAUUCUUUAUAACUCUUAUGUUCAGACUUUAGUACUCAUUGCUGGAAUCAUAAUAAUUUGUUUGAUGAAUUUGUGUAUACAUAGAUGACAUAUAAAAGAAUGAAAGUAAUGUUUGACAAGAGAAA